UGCCACUGUGACGUCACUUGUAAUCGACUUACGACAUCUUUUUAGACUUUGCAUUAAAAUGGUAUUCGCCAGGAUUUCAUAGUGUUUCUACGUUUUAUAGUGUUUUUGAACAUUCAUAGACUUUAAAUUAUAUCAGUGUUGUAUAAAUUUCCGUCAGUGCGAUGGACAGUUUUUAACUUUUGUGAAGGCAAGUGAUGAAGGAUAAAGAAAAUGGCUACCUUCGAACGCAUGUUGUUAACCAGGAAACAUCUUAAGAUUGCUGACAGAUACAACGUUAUUCGUAAAAUUGGCGGUGGAAGCUUCGGAGAUAUAUUUUUAGCGAUAAAUAUCUGUGAUGGAGAGGAGGUAGCAGUGAAGGUAGAAUCUAUCAAGGCGCGGCACCCGCAGCUUCUCUAUGAAAGCAGAGUGUAUAAGAUGCUCCAAGGGGGCAUCGGAAUACCCCACAUAAGAUGGUACGGCUACGAGAAAGAUCACAACAUCCUCGUAAUGGACCUACUGGGUCCAUCCCUCGAGGAUCUGUUCAACUUCUGUUCGAGACAGUUCACCAUCAAGACUGUCCUCAUGCUCGCAGAUCAAAUGCUCGGCCGAGUGGAGUUCGUCCACUGCAAAUGCUUCAUCCAUCGUGACAUCAAGCCUGAUAACUUUUUGAUGGGCAUCGGCCGCCACUGCAACAAGCUGUACAUGAUCGAUUUCGGACUCGCAAAGAAGUUCAGGGAUCUACGCUCGCGCGCCCACAUAUCCUACCGCGAGGAUAAGAACCUCACUGGCACAGCGCGUUACGCGUCGAUCAACGCGCACCUGGGCAUCGAGCAAUCGCGACGAGACGAUAUGGAGUCGCUCGGAUACGUACUUAUGUAUUUCAAUAGGGGAUCACUGCCAUGGCAGGGAUUGAAGGCUAUCACUAAGAAGCAGAAGUAUGAGCGAAUCAGCGAGAAAAAGAUGUCCACACCCGUCGAGGUGUUGUGCAAGGGUUUCCCAGCGGAGUUUGCGAUGUAUUUAAAUUAUUGCCGCGGUCUGACGUUCGACGAGUCUCCCGAUUAUAUGUAUUUGAGACAGUUGUUCCGGAUCCUGUUCCGCACGAUGAACUACCAGUACGACUACACGUUCGACUGGACGAUCCUGCGGCAGCGCAAGCAGCACAUGGAGGCCGGCGCCGCGCCCGCCGACCGCCGCUCGCCCUCCGUGCAGCGCCGCGCGCAGCAGCAGCCGCCGCAGCCGCCGCCCAACAACGAGUGAAAGAGAUUACGACGUUCGGCAGCUGCAGGUGGUCCGGCCAAGAAGAGGGCGCGAUAGCAUAUGUUUAGUGAGUGUGCGAGUGUGGUGUGUUGUGCGGGAGUGCGGGUUCGGUGCGUGUCGGCCUUCGAGCGUCGUGUGCGUCCAAAUCGCGUCGGAUUGUCGUCGAACGGGCGUCUGUAGCCACCAGCGUGCGUCGAACACGGUGUGGACAGCUUUCUUUCGUACUGAGGCCUUUUAAUUUACGUCGAUAGUGAACUAGAGGCGACAACACUGUCGCCAUUAUUAUUAUAAAGAGAAUAUUGUAAACUUCGGUAAUUUAACUUUCUUAACUAAUGUCUAAAGAUGUAUGUAAUAUAAUGUUUAGUUUGUAACGAUGAAUGUUAUUAGGGUCCAUGAAUUGAUGAGCGUUCUCGAUAGAUAAGUGUAAUACGACAUUAUUAAUCCAACGUAACUGUCGAAGCUUUUGUUUGUAGUUGUUAAGGUACCUACAUACAUAUGAUUAUUGUUAGCGUGUACGUGUGAAAGUGACGACUCUAUUGUACAAGGUCUAAAACUAAAAUAUGAAAUUGAUAAAACAGUUGAAUAGAAUUUAUUAUUUAGGAGUACUAAUAGUAUCAACUAAAUUUAAAACGGGUUAAAAUUACUCUAUUUUGUUUAUAGUGCUCGAAUAAGGAUAACAGUACUUUUGCUGAGCUAGAAUUAUAAUUUUUGUUUUAGAUAUAGGUAUCUAAUCACACGUCAAACUGGUGUUAAAGUAACAGUUUUUAAUGGCAAUGGGAUGCUGCUCUCACAUGCGCUAACGGUAUACACUGACAGGGCACCAGGGGAGUAGGAUAGGAUGAAUAUGAAUGAAGUUAAGUGAGGUUGCCCAUUGCAUGAACAAUUCAUCAGACAAUGACCACGAUCGUUUCCAAGGAAACUACCUGGAAGUUGACCUAACAUGGUACAUUGCUGGCAACACUAUCCUACCGAUACACUAAUGUAUCAUUUAUUUAAUCAUUAUGUAUAUUACUGUUUCGUAUAUUUUUAUAUCACUUAUUUUAAAACCAAUUAUAACUACAAAUUUAUAUUUUUUGAUCUAAGAUAGGUUAUCUUGGAUCAAUAAAUUUAAUUUCAUUUAUGCAUUUCCAAAUCGGGCAAUAUGUAGUUAAAAUUGAGAUAAACCAUGACAAUUAAGCAAAGGCUGUCGUUAGUUUAACCUACAAUACUACUUAAUUCGUUCAUAACAACAAGAUAAUUUCAACAUAUAGACAAUGUUUUAACUAAACUAUAUAGUUUACAGUCCAUAUGAUCAAGAUUGGUUUGCUCCAAUAAAUUUACUGUUAAUUUAUCGUCUGUCGAGCCGUUUCUUUGGUCAUUUAAAGAUAUUGUAUUAAUUUAACUAAUUUUUUUUGUGUUGUGGCCUUUUGGCAUUUAAUCAGCAAUAUGUCAAACAAUGAUUGCUUUGAUAUAGUAUUCACUUAAUGUUCUCCUGAAUUAUUAUAAUUAAAGUUACAAGUACUAAUGAUUAGUUUCUCGUCUAUUAAGCAAAGUCUGUUUUGAUCAUUUACUAAAGUUACUCUGUUGGUUUUUUUUAUAUCGUUUCUUUACGGUACUGAGUUACUCUUCAAUAAUCUCUUUAAGUGUAUUAACCUUAUUGUAUUAAUUUAUAACAUGUAAGACAGUGUUCAUUUUGGUACAGUACUCAAAGUUAGCAUACUAAGGACUCAAUUUAUAUAAAUUAUUAUUUGAAUUCGACGCUGUAAUGUUAUACGUCACAUACAAUGUUUAAAAUGUGAUUGUGCUCUGCACGUAUCAAAUGUAUUCACGCAUAUUCAUUGACCAUACAUUAAACAUGUGUGUAUGUACCCUAAUAUUUAGUUUUAUAUUAGAUAUUAUAUUCAAUUUAUUGUAACAAAUACUUGGGUGUCUCAACAGAUACACUGUAAAUACGAAUUGAACGUUGGAGCGCCCGCGUGUAUAUCUCCACAUUAUUGUAACUCAAUACUGGUUGAAGAUGUUCAUUAAAAUUUAAUGAUAAAACUAAUGUAGGUUUCAAAAAACAUAGAAAACGCGAAAAAAAAUGUGGAAUAAAUAUGUUUAGUUAAGUCAGUCUGCUAUUUCCGUUUCUUAAGAGAGCGGUGAUUGUGUCGACCCAAUUAACUAUAAGUUUUUUUUUAAAAUUCUGAUAAAUUCGUUUUUUAUUUUGGAAAGUAUAAUAAUUGAAUUGUAAAUAAAAGUAAUUAACGCUAACACCGCUUUCCUAAGAGAUCCGGUACGUAUGGUAUCGCAUAUUUUAAAUUGUAAAUAGAUAACAGUGUUCUAUACAUAUUUUAUUUUUAGAGCAAAGAUUUUGUUUUUUGGAAGGUGACGAUGCCAAUGCUUCUCACGGAAUGACGAACAGCGUUUCACCCCACGAGGGUGGUAUUUUUAUAUGAACAAUAGAAACAAUGUGAAGCUGGUCAUUGAUACGGCUAUGUGGCGAAACGGACGCCGUACAUGUGUAUAAAUAUGGAUACAUGUAUCGUUUUGUACAGUAACUGCUUUAACUUGGACAAGGCAUCAAUGGAAGAUGACAUACCGACCCAAAACAAUAGGAUAAAGGCAACGCAAUGAUGAUAGUAAUGAUAGAAACCUACUCCAAGCGUAGGUUUCAUAUGAAUUUAAAAAAUAUUAUAGUUGCAGCUAAUGGUGUAAAAAAUGGAGAAUUAAUUGUAUUUAUUCUUAUAUUUUGUACGUUAUAUAUUUUUUAAUAUGAAAUCUAUUUUGAAGUGCUUUCUAUUCUGUUUAAUAAUAAUAAUAAAUAUGGAUUACUGUGUAUAUUGUUGUACAUACGUAUCCAUACUGUUUAUCUGCACGGCGUCCGUUCGUACGCAUCGAGACUCUAAGACGUUGACAACAGCUGAUUAAGGGAUAAAAUUAUAAUUAUUAUCAAUAAUU